AAAAAGUAAAUCCAUGGGAAGGAAAAAAAAAAAAAAAGGAACAAAAUGGCUUUUUUGAUUAAGCUUAAAUUGGCACAAACUGACCCCCUUUUUUGACACCCUUUUUGGUGCCAUUUUUACAAACUGCGGCAGCUGUGACAGUCUUCACCCCGCGGACCAAAUUUUACCCAUUUUUAUUUCCCCCGGUUAAUCCCCAUUCAAGCCCCCCAAGCUACGCAGUCCCCAAGUGGAAGGGAGCUCCCUGUUCAAAUUGGCUCCUUCUUUUUUGACAAUCCUAUCGUUGUCCCUGUGCCCCGCGGCGGAAAACACACAAAAGCACAGCGGAGAUCUCCGCAGAACAAGGACAAACACCAUGGCGCUUAUCUGCAUCGGCUCUGUUUGCUUUUCGCUGCUCCACGUGGGGGUCAUCAUUCUGUUCAUCUUAAAUUAUUUCUACGCGCACUUGAAGAAGUACCUACCGAACUUCCUCACGGGCGGCGAAGAUAAAAGGAACAAACAAAUUGAAGCGUCUUUACAGCGCAGGGAGAAGAACAAAGACUAUGCCGAAAGCACCUACAUCGAAUUAGCGGAAGGAGACAGCUUGAGCGACGUGUUGGGGUCCACCAAAAACGUCUCCGUGGUCGUGAAGUUCGGAGCCACCUGGUGCAAGCCGUGUAACAAAAUCAGACGAUAUUUUAAGAAUCAGACCAUCACCUACGCAGUGACGCUGGUCGACGUGGACGUGGACACCCAUGAGACGCUGAGGGAUGAACACAACAUCAAGGCUCUGCCCACCUUUUUAUUUUACGUGCAGAUGAAGAACGAGUGGGUUUUGACUGAGCGGAUUGAAGGAUCCAACCAGGCAGAUUUAGAAAAGGCCUUCCAGAAAUUCUGCGUCCCAAAGGACAGCUAAGAGGGAGUUCCCCAAGGAGGAGCGCAACCCGUCCGACUGGCGAGGGUGAAAAUACCAGCGCUGACCAGCUGUGCCCACUUCUGCCCGCCCCGCCCCGAGAAAAACGCGUGUACCUCUGCGCAUCCGUUCUCUAGUGUGUUCCCCCUCGUGGAUACCUGCAGCUACAUCCUUCCAUACAUACGCGAUGGUGUAGUUUCUCUCUCCGUUUUUUUUUUUUUUUUUUGUGGAGCCUGCCCGUUCCCCAUCACCACAGUUUGCCAACCAGUUGGUGAUUAUUUUUUUGUUCAUUCGAUAUGCAUAUAACGUGCGUGUAUGCGUGUGCGUAUGUCUCCCCUCCCACGUGAUGCCACAACAGAGCAAAUGAAAAAUAGGAAAAAUAGGAAAAAAAGGGGGGGUCAUACGUGCAUACGAAUUCUUUAUUCGAGCUUCCGCUUAUAUGUUUAGUUUUCUAAUUUUCUCUCAUACGUUUCGUUGCGACGUGCCUGCAUAUACACGAGGGUGAUUAUGCUUUCCUCUUCUGCGCGUCGAGGGCUCUGCUAAACGGUGGGCAGCACCGCUGUAAAGUGGAUGUGACCUACUCGUCUUCCAUUCCCCACCGAACAGUUAGCCGCGUAACGAGCAUAGCCGCUCCACAAGCGUAACCGUUUGUAAAUAAACCAGUAAUUUUUG